CGAUCCUCCCUCUCCUCUUCGCCCCAUCAGCCCAUGGUCCGCUUCUACACCGCCCCUGUCCGCAGCGAGGGUGCCACCGCCUCGUCGACUGGCUUCCGCCAGCGUGAGGAGGCUCAGGAGAACCAGUACAUCCGCCGCCGCGAGGAGGAGCAGCUCAAGUCGCUCCGUGAGAAGGCCAAGAAGGCCCAGGCCGACGUCGAGGCCCAGGAGAAGAAGGUCGCCGAGCUCUCCAAGUCGGACAAGUAA